CCGUUGAGCAAAUACAUGAGUACAACGAUGGAUGGAUCUGUCUACGUCGUGGACGAAGUGACGCGGGCUGUGUCCUCGGUGGGGAGUGCUCGUGAAGCGCAAAAGCUCUACCGAUAUGAUCCCACGAACGUUGUCCCAGGCGUCGAGCUCCUCUACAGCCUCAGCCUUCCGCUUCCUAUUGUGAACAAGAUCAUCAAUUUUGUUGGUAUUUGGACCCGCAGAGCCGAAGAAUUGGCUCACAGUGUCAACGGUCGUGCUGAUCUCGACUCAGAAAUCCUUCGUCUUGUUGUGCCUUUCGAUGAUGCUGUUGAUAUGGUGGCACGAGUUCGUCCACCGGAGGAACUCGUGUUCGAUUGUGUGUCCCACGACCAAGGCUGGGCCACCGACAGCCCUGAACUAAACCACACGUACCAAGGCUGUCACAGCUGGAUUGAGUUUGAAAUCCAAGAUGCUCACGGUGUUACAAUUGUGCCUCGUCGCGACGUCUGCCGCAACUUCCGCGCGUCGUCGUCGUCUCGUCAUCACAUGCUCAUUGUCCGUGAUCGUGAUGUGCUGGAGAAUGUCUUGCCUGGACACAGCAUCGUGGUGCACAUGCGAGCUCAAUACGGCGGCUGGGCCAACCACGUCGAUUUUUGCCGCGUUGCUCUUCACCAAGUUGCCCACGUGCGCGACGAAGUGGAUCGGUGCAUUUUCAACCACUUUACAGAACAUCUAACAACCACGACGGACAUCCCGUUGUAGGUAACGUUACGAUCAGUGGGUAGCAGGAUCGUUUUUUACAUGUUGAUACUAAUUUACUAUUGAUGCGUGUUGCCAGGAAC